CAGCUGAUUCCUUCUCCGAUCCCUUUCUCGAGCUGCUUUCGGAUCAACUUUCAGUCGUCAGGGCUGCAUAUACAUUUGAUUUCCCAACUUCCGUUCUUUAUUCGACGCCAUAAUAAUACAGCAAUUAUGAAAUGUUAGAGCAAACUCCAGGGGCGAUGAGGUGCGCGAAUACGGACCUGGAUCUGGACGUCGCUCGGAGCGCGCUCGGUGUGUCUUCGACGGAGUCUGCGAUAAACAAACUCGGAGAGAGAUCUCGACAGGAGAGAAAAGCGCGAGACACGACUCCUUUUCGGAUAAAUAAAAACGUUCGCUCUCGCGUAGGACGGGUGAUCGCAGGUGAAACCGUCAGGCGAUCUGUCAAAUUCCGUUACCUGGGGGGACGGACGCGAGGCGUGUGCGUGGGUGCGCGCAGGCCGUGGGGCAGAGGCCUGGGGCAGCAGACAGAGAGAUGGGCAGCACGGACAAGGCCGUGAUCACGGGGUUCAUAUGCAGGCUCUGCAGCAAGAUGAACCGCUUCGUGAUACACAUCUAUGGAGAAGAGGGCGAGAGGAUGAAGCUCGCCGAGAAGAUCAACACUUACCUGCCGAUCACGGUGAAUAUGAAUGAUCCGCUGCCAAAGACUGCGUGUUUACAUUGCAUCGAACGAUUAGAAGCCCAUCACGAAUUAAUGGAACAGAUCAUGUUUACCAGACAGAAAUUAGACCCUGACAAUAAAGCGGCCGCAGUGGCAUCUUCCUCUGCGACAACCGUAGAUGCAGCACCGACGUCUAGCCCACCUCCUUGUUGACAUGUGCAAUGGAAAGUAGUAUGCCCUAUCGCUCAAUGCGCCAUUCGCCAAGAUUAAAUGAUUCCUGUAUAAUUUCUCAUUUCAUUUAAACUAAUAGUUCAAUGACUGAAAUGUGUAAAGAAAAGGACACAUAGGGUGAAGUAAAAAUUAAUGUCCAAUUAGUACAUUUCUUACAUAAGAUAAUAUUUUGUAUACUUACUUUAGCAGCGAGUAUUCUUUCAUGAGUAUUAAAAAGGUUUGAAAAAUUGUUUAACGCCAAUGUCCACUUCUGUCUUGUGAUGGAAUGAGAUGUCACAAAUGUCGAGAAAUCUUCAAUGGGAGACACGCACAAAAGUAUGCUCCUUUAGAUAGUAUUCUAUAAAAAGAGCAUUCAUUCAAGUAAGAUACAAUUUCUCACAGUGCAAGGUCACGCAUUGAAUCUUUUCUCAUUAAUCUAUGGUCAAUAAUGGGCAAACUAAGUUGUAAGAAAGUGAUACUUUAAAUGCGAAAUAUAUUCUGGGCGAGCGCAAUAAUAUUGAAAUAAUCGAAUAUGUAUAUAUUCAUAUUAGAGAUGUAUUGGAUAUCCCAAGUAUAUCUCAAUAGCUGGAAGUUUUGUAUAAAUUUUACGCAGAAAUAUAUAUAUAUAUAUAUAUUUCUUAUGAGCAUGAACAAAUAACAAUCAAGUAUUAAAUAAAACAUAAUUAGCUUUUACUUUUUAAUGAAUAAAAAAAUGUUCCCAACUUUUUUAAGAUUGAAGGAUAUGAUGCUAAUCAUAAAAGAACUGUGUUGAUAAAAAAACUAGAUGUAAUAAUUAAGGUAUAAAGUAGCAAGGAACAGUGUUUAUAAAAACUUAUGAACAAGAGAAGUAAGCUAUAAAUAUGUAAUUUAAAAUCGAGUUAAAUUCUUAUUAUAACAAUAUGUAACAGCAAAUUAUAGUUAUAAGAUAAUGGAAUCAUUAAACUAAAUUUGCAAAAUUAA